CUGGAGAAAAGUGAUGGUGCCCUCUGAACACCUGCUGAAAACGGGGAGUGGGGUGCCAACUGGGGCCAGGAGCCAGGAUGAAGGGAUGACAUCUCUGGGGGUCCUGGCCUCCCUCCCACCCGGGUGCUAGGAGCCGUCCCCAGGCUCCAGCCUGGAGCCCUGUGCUCAGGGGCAUGGCCAAACCUUUCUUCCGACUGCAGAAGUUUCUCCGCCGAACACAGUUCCUGCUCUUCUUCCUCACAGCCGCCUACUUGAUGACGGGAAGCCUGCUACUGCUGCAGCGGGCCCGAGUGGCCCUCCCACAGGGCCCCCGGGCGCCCAGCUCCCUGCAGACCUUGCCCGUGGCCGCCGUGGCGCUCGGCGUGGGCCUUCUGGACAGCAGAGCCCUGCAGGACCCUCACGUCAGCCCGGAGCUGCUGCUCGGUGUGGACGUGCUGCAGAGCCCCCUGGCCCGGCCUCGGCCUGGCCCCCGCUGGCUGCGGAGCCGCAACUCCGAGCUGCGUCAGCUGCGGCGGCGCUGGUUCCAUCACUUCAUGAGUGACGCCCAGGGACCACCUGCCCCGGGCCCUGAGGCCCCCAGGCCAGCCUCUCGGAGCCAAGGCACGUACAUUGGGUGCUUCAGCGAUGAUGGCCAGGAGAGAACGCUGAAGGGCGCCGUGUUCUAUGACUUGAGGAAGAUGACGGUUGCCCACUGUCAGGACGCAUGUGCUGAGCGGUCCUACAUCUAUGCAGGCUUGGAGGCGGGAGCAGAGUGCUACUGUGGGAACAGGCUCCCAGCAAUGAGCGUGGGGCUGGAGGAGUGCAACCACGAGUGCAAGGGGGAGAAGGGCUCAGCGUGUGGGGGCGUCGACCGGCUGUCCGUGUACCGAGUGGAAGAGCUGCAGCCAGGCUCCAGGAAGCGGAGGACCGUCAUGUACCGUGGGUGCUUCCGACUGCCAGAGAAUGUUACACAUGCCUUCCCUGACUCCCUGAUCGAAGCCAACAUGACUGUGGACACGUGUGCAGGCUUCUGUUCUCAGAAAGAGUUCCCCUUGGCCAUCCUUCGGGGCUGGGAAUGCUACUGUGCUUACCCCACACCCCAGUUCGACCUACGGGAUUCAGUGGAUGGCUCACUCUGCAGCCAGGAGCCUGAGGCACAGAGACUAGGGGGUUACUGUAAGGUCUACCAGACGCCUGUGCAAGACACUCGCUGCACUGAUCGGAAGUUCCUGCCCACGAAAUCCAAAGUGUUUGUGGCCUUGUCAAGUUUCCCGGGAGCUGGGAACACGUGGGCACGGCACCUUAUUGAGCACGCAACUGGCUUCUACACAGGCAGCUACUACUUCGAUGGAACCCUCUACAACAAAGGGUUCAAGGGCGAGAAGGACCACUGGCGGAGCCGGCGCACCAUCUGCGUAAAGACCCACGAGAGUGGCAGGAGGGAGAUUGAGAUGUUUGACUCUGCCAUCCUGCUCAUCCGGAACCCCUACAGGUCCCUGGUGGCCGAAUUCAACAGGAAGUGUGCGGGGCACCUGGGCUAUGCUGCCGACCGAAACUGGAAGAGCAAAGAGUGGCCGGACUUUGUCAACAACUACGCGUCGUGGUGGUCCUCGCACGUGCUGGACUGGCUCAAGUAUGGUAAGCGGCUGCUGGUGGUCCACUACGAGGAGCUGCGACGCAGCCUGGUGCCCACACUGCGGGAGAUGGUGGCCUUCCUCAACGUGUCCGUGAGCGAGGAGCGGCUGCUCUGCGUGGAGAACAACAAGGAGGGCAGCUUCCGACGUCGUGGACGGCGCCCCUACGACCCUGAGCCCUUCACGCCGGAGAUGAAGGACCUGAUCAACGGCUACAUCCGGACGGUGGACAAGGCCCUGCGUGAGCACAACUGGGCCGGCCUGCCCCAGGAGUACGUGCCCAGAUGACAGGUGUACAGCGCCACCCCUGC